UGUGCGCAUGCCCCGCUCUGGCCGCGGUUACUUGGAGCGUCUGGCGGUUUCAUCUUCAUCUUCUUGCAUCUUGGGAAGUGCCAGGAGAAAGCAUCUUGCUACACCAACGGGAAUUAAAAUGCCUGCUUUCAAACACCGCGGGUAUCCAGAAGAGGCGUUGCUUCGCUUGGAAGGCCUGGUGCCCUGUCGAGAAUCUCAAGUGUCAACUCUGUUGUCAGUCUUUGGAGAGCGUCAGCAUUUUAGCUUUCCAGCCCUUUUCAUCUAUGGACAUACAUCCAGUGGAAAGACUUAUGUGAUGCAAACUCUUCUGAAAACCUUAGAGCUUCCCUACGUGUUUGUCAACUGUAAUGAAUGCUACGCUUCAAGGCUGCUUCUGGAGGAACUUCUGAGACAGCUGCAGCGUCUUUCCUCCGAGGAAGAGGAUCUGGCCCCUGUGUCCUGUGACUCCUUCAAUGACUUCAUUCGUUUCUUUAAGCAGAGGACUAUGAUGCUUGAUCUCCAGAAUCAAACUGUCUAUGUCGUUUUAGAUAAUGCAGAGCGGCUCAGGGAGAUGGAGGCAAACAUCCUGCCAGGUUUCCUUAGACUACAGGAACUGACGGACCAGAAUGUGACUGUGAUUCUCCUUAGUGAAAUCGUGUGGGAGCUUCUUCGUCCAGAUAUGGGGUGCCUUGAGCCCAUGCCUUUGUAUUUCCCAGACUACAGCAUAGGGCAUCUGCAGAAGAUUCUGUCCCAUGACCAUCCUCCGGAGUAUUCUUUUGACUUUUAUGCUGCAUAUAUAAAUAUUCUUCUUGGUGUCUUCUAUCCAGUCUGCAGAGAUCUGAAGGAGCUCCGACAUCUGGCUGUGCUCAAUUUUUCUAAAUAUUGCGAGCCUGUAAUCCAAGGAGAAGCAAAAGAACGAGACACACGCCGACUGUGGAAGAAUAUUGAAUCCCACUUGAAGAAAGCCAUGCAGACUGUUUACCUGCGAGAAAUAUCUAGCUCCCAGUGGGAACAAUUACAAGAAGAUAAUGGAGAAUCUGGACAACUGAAAGGACUUUCAGCCCAUGCUCAUGUAGAACUUCCGUAUUACUCCAAAUUCCUUCUAAUAGCAGCAUAUCUUGCUUCUUACAACCCUGCCAGAACAGAUAAAAGGUUCUUCCUUAAGCAUCAUGGAACUACUAGGAAGAAAAACAUUCAGAAGAAACAUGACAAGACUAGCAAUCACCUUCUUGGGCCAAAGGCGUUUCCGCUGGACAGGUUGUUAGCAAUAUUCCACAGCAUUAUUGACAGCAGAGUUGCUCCUACAGCAAAUAUAUUUUCCCAGAUCUCGUCACUCGUGACACUACAGCUGUUAACCUUGGUAGGCCACGACGACCCACUUAAUGGACCAAGAUACAAAUGCAACGUGUCCCUAGAUUUCAUCAGAGCUGUUUCAAGGAUGGUGAACUUUGACAUAGUAAGGUACUUGUAUGACUUCUUGUGAAGGCCGUAUGAUCUUGGUGACACUGACUGAGAUUUUACUGUAUGCUGCUUUAUGGACUUCUAAGCAGAUGGAGAAAUGGACCCAAAAUUUCCUAAUAAAAUAAAUAGCUCUGGAUUCAGAUCUGCUCUUUGGGAAAAGGCACUGCUGGCCACAGAGAAGGCUUCUCCUAAUGAGUCCCCAGAACCCAAACCAUGUGACUGGAAAGCCUGCAGAGGGGUGCAAAAGUCUCACUGCCUGGGCUGGAGCCCUACGAAGCCCUCUAAAGACAUUGACUCAAAGCAGCACCGCAAGUUUCUGCCCCAUUGUUUACAUCAGUAUCAACACCUCUAUCCACACACCAGGCUGAAAUGGAAAUUCUUCGGUUUAUCUGCAGUGCUGUUUCAAGAGAUUGUUUGUUUCUUCCCAAGCAGGUCUCUGAAGAAGAACCAUAUACAUUUUCUACAAUAAAUGAGGCAUGAUGGAGCAGAAUGAGCAGUGGUGACCACAUAAUCUGUUGCUCCAUGUUUUCAACAUCUCCCUGCCCAGCCCCGUAGCAUCCAUAUUCAGCCAGUGUCCAGCAGAGGCCUUUGAACAGAGGGUGAAGUCAUGGCCAGAGAUCCUCUUAACCAAUUGCUAAGGGAGCCCUCACAAGACGGUGGGGAAGGUCAAGGCACCCCUUCUUGCUGUGAUUUGAGCUGUUCAGUUCAACCAGAAACUUUUUGAUCAGCUCCCCACCCCCUCCCAUGUGCAUGAACUUUCCAGUCUGAGUUGACUAGUGAAGGGGUAUUUCUCAGGGAAAAUUAAAAGGAGACCAAUAGAAAAAUACAAAAUUUAGGAAGUAUUAAUGUUUUAUAUAAAUAACCUGGAGCAAACAUCUUCAGGGUUCUGUUUUCAGUCCUGGAUAGAAAACAUUAGGGUUUUUUCCCAGUUAGCUGUGGGAUACCAUUUCAAUGCCAACCAUUUCUCUUUUAAAUACUAUUCCACAGUUGCCUUCUAGAGAUCUUUGAAUGUUCAAUAUAUUAAUGUAGAUAUACAGGGGGGGAAACUUUGACAGCCUCCUUCCCUGAAGAGAUCUUUUCUCCACUGUAGCUUUAUUGCCAAGUUGUCAUAGUAUUAAUUAAAUCUAGAAGAAUGAACUGUUGCUGGUCAUUUUCUGUACUGGAUUUUUCAUACUGGGGACAGGUCUCCAUGGAAAGAGCUCAUAGAAAAACUACCCUCCAAAAGCCUUCUAGCAGUAGAAAAACUCACAAAGGAUACCAAGCAGAAAUUGUCAGCUCUAAGCAAUGGACUUUCAUAGAAGUAGAGGCUUUCUAUAAUAUUUCUUUCUGCAUUGAAUAAAAGGUGAUUU